AUGAAAGGAGAUGGAAAGUAAAAAUUUCAUAUAAUAACUAUAGAAACAUUAGCUUUUUAGGGGUUAGCUUAAAUAAAGGAGAAAUAAUUAAAAAAUAAGGAAUGAUGGGUGGAAUAUAUAUUUUAAAAUUUCCAGAAUGUAGUUAGAACAAAAAAACAAAAUGA